AUCUCAUGGAUCAAGAGUCAUAUAUGAGAGAUAACUCUUCUCCUUUAUGUUUGGCCUCUGUACUAAUUAAGGAGACAAAGCUUUCAAAACCUUCUUUAAAAUACACCCUCCCAUCCUCCUCAUUGCUCCCUCACCAAUCGCAACCAAAACCCUAAUUUUCUCUCUCCUCUCCCUCUCUCUCUCUCUACAUACAUAGCAACAGCACACGUACGGACCAGUAUUACUUUACGCAUGGAACCCUGCCAAAAGCCUCCGCCGCCACCGGAACAAUCCGACGCCUCUUGUUUUUUCUCCGCCGUCACCGACAGCACCAACAUGCUCGCCGACUUUGACUGGAUCGGAGGAGAAGAAGGCGACACCAUGUGCCUGCCGCCGGAGAACAACAGCAACAACAAUAAUCAAUCGCCGUCUUCAAGCUCAGCUGAGGAUCCGCCGGAGAGUUCGAUCGCCUCCGACGGGAAACAGCUCGACAAAGAGAAACCACCGAGUAGAAAUAAGAAGAAGCAGAAACGAAUGAAGCAGCCACGGUUUGCUUUUAUGACUAAGAGUGAAACCGAUCAUCUUGAAGAUGGCUACAGAUGGCGAAAGUACGGCCAGAAGGCAGUUAAAAAUAGUCCAUUCCCCAGGAGCUACUAUCGUUGCACAAACAACAACUGCAGUGUGAAGAAAAGGGUGGAACGCUCCUCGGAGGACCCAACUAUUGUGAUAACCACAUAUGAAGGCCAACACUGCCACCACUCCGUAGGGACAUUCCACCACCACCGACAACUAAGUGGCAUGCUUAGUAGUAAUCAAAAAUCCACAUUUGCAACUCAAUUUUCCCUUGGAAAUAUGUCACACUUCUAUUAUCCAAUUGAUCAAUUACCUGAAGAAAACACACUUAUUAGUAGUAGUGUUUCUGAUGAUCCUUAUUGUCACUCACACAAUAAUGAUAAUUACAAUGGAAGAUGCAGCAUUACAUUGGCAGAUUCAUCAACCCCAGAAGAGCUACCCACAGAUGAUGGACUACUUGGAGAUAUUCUUCUGCCUAGGCAAAUGCGUAACGGAUGAGGAGCCUAAUAUAGAAUGGUAUUUAUAUAUUAUAUUAUAUAUACAUUAUUAUAUAUCCUAUAGAGUAUAUAUUUCACAUUAUCUAUAUUUUACAAUUUUUAA